AUGAACAAUGGAUCCAGCAUUUCAGAAUUUAUUCUUACUGGACUGUCAAAUCCUCCUGAAUUUCGAAUUCUCCUAUUUUUAGUAAUUCUUGUAAUGUACAUAAUAACUAUAGGUGGCAAUGUUCUCAUUCUCUUUAUUACAAAUUUUGAUUCUGCACUCAACACACCAAUGUAUUUCUUCCUUGGCAAUCUAUCCCUCUUGGAUAUAAUAUGCACUACUUCUGCAGUCCCUAAAAUGUUGUUUAAUUUAAUUUCUCAGAAAAAAACAAUAUCAUUUAAUGAUUGUAUAAUUCAGAUGUUUGUUUUCACCGUUGGCAUGGAUACCGAGUUUCUGUUAUUAACUUUUAUGUCCCUUGAUCGCUAUCUUGCUAUAUGCAAUCCUUUACGUUAUAAGAGUAUUAUGAGCAAAAAGUCUUACAUUUGUAUGUCAUUAAUUGUCUGGAUAUUUGGAUUUUCAAGUUCUAGUUUUCAUUCAUUGAGCACUUUAUGGUUGUUCUUUUGUGGUCCCAAAGAAAUCAAUCAUUUUUUCUGUGAGGUUCCACAAGUUCUAGCACUUUCCUGCACAGAUACAACCCUGAACAAACGAGUACUUAUAGCUACAGAUCUUGUAUUAGGACUUAUCUGCAUUAUUCUUAUUUUUAUAUCCUAUAUGUUUAUAAUUGUUGCUAUAUUUAAUAUCCAAUCAAAAGAAGGAAAAAAGAAAGCAUUCUCUACCUGUGCUUCUCACCUUGCUGUUGUGCUAUUAUUUUAUGGAACAUUAAUUUUUGCUUACUUUAAACCAUCAGACGAUUCCUCUGAUAUGGACAAAGAAAUUGCUGUGUUCUACACAAUUGUCAUACCAAUGUUGAACCCUAUUUUGUACAGCUUAAGAAACAAAGAGGUAAAAGCAUCUGUUGAAAAGAUGAUUUUAAGAAAAAUACUGUUGAGCACUAAAUUCAACUCUGUAUUAUCAAGCUAG